AUGGAUCGGGGGAGGGAGAAGCACCCGGAGCCGUGUCCUGGCCCGGAGACCCCCAAAAACGAGCCCGGGCCGCCCCCCGGCCCCACCCGCUGGGGCAUCUGCUCGGCCGGAGCCAUCAGCCACGAUUUCGUGGUUGCCCUGAAGACCCUGCCCCCCACGGAACACACGGUUGUGGCCGUGGCUGCCCGGGAUUUAGGGCGCGCCCAGGACUUCGCCCGGCGUUUUGGGGUGUCCCGAGCCUAUGGAUCCUACGAGGAGCUGGCCGAGGAUCCCGACGUGGACGUGGUGUACGUGGGGGUGGUGAACCCUGCGCACCUGCCCACGGGGCUGCUGUUCCUGCGCCGGGGCCGGCCCGUGCUGAUGGAGAAGCCGAUGGCCCUCGGGGCCCACGAGGUCGCCCAGCUGGUGGCUGUGGCCCGGGAGCGUGGGGUGUUCCUGAUGGAGGGGUUCUGGACCCGUUUUUUCCCGGCCUGGCGCCGCCUGCGCUCGCUCGCUGCUGGAGGGGCCCUGGGGACCCCCCUGGUGCUGCGGGGGGAGCUCGGCUUCAACCUGGGGGGGGUCCCGAGGCUGCGUGAGCCGGGGCUGGGCGGGGGGGUCCUGCUGGACCUGGGGGGCUACGGGCUACAGACGGCGCUGGCCCUGCUGGGGGGGGGCGAGCCCCCCACCAACCUGCGGGCCCAUGGCGUGCUGCACCCCACUGGCGUGGAUGAGUCGGUGGCAGUGACCCUCGAGUUCCCCGGGCGGGGGCUGGCCGCUCUCACCUUCUCCAUGGCCGCGGACCUGCCGGGGGGGGCAGCCCUGGGGGGACCUCGGGGCUGGGCCGAGCUGCCCAGUCACAUGAACUGUCCAACCGAGCUGUUCUGGGGGGGUCAUCGUGAGCAUUUCCCGCUUCCCCCGCCCUCGGAGCCCCUCAACUUCCCCCACAGCACCGGGCUGCGCUACGAGGCGCAGCACGUUCGGGAGUGCCUGCUGCAGGGACUGACUGAGAGCCCCGAGAUGCCGCUGGCCGAGAGCGAGGUCAUUGCUCGGCUGCUGGACGAGGCACGGGCACAGGUGGGGGUGGGGAACUGUGGAAUGACCACUGAGCAGUCUGGAGUGACCACUGAGCAACCCCUUGGCACCUCUGGUGUUAUCCACUAAAGUAAAUUAAUAUCCAUUGUUAUUAUCAAGGAUCAAUAAAACCAAGGAAAUGCUCCCCAAACUCGACCUGGUU